AGAAUGAUAGUCGUCACUGCCAACACUGCACAGACAGCUCCUCUUUCCUUUCCUGUGGAAGCCAGUCGGUGCUACAACAUUAAUUUUCUACAAGACCAUGGCCGUGGUCGUGGACUCUACUCUGCGGCGGGCCAGGACAGUACAGGGCCAGAUACGUAGAAGGCAACGAAGGAACGUCUUGUAUCAGCCAAAGGAAGACAACGUGGAAAAGGCAAAGCACUCGCCGUCACCCGCGUGUAUCGGGAGAUACUACCCCGCCGCUCUCCGCUAAUCAUGCUGAAAGGCAAGGAUUAUACCUGGCAGCAGAGUAACCUGUCAAUAGUCGGCACUGAUUUGGAAAGGAAUGUGAAAAAGGCUUCUGCUGAGACCGAGCAAGCUUGGCAAGGUGCUGGCAAGGAUGUCGGGCAGCAGAUAUGGCGCAUUGAGAAAUUCAAGGUUGUUCCAUGGAACCAAGACAAUUAUGGCAGUUUCUACAGUGGCGACUCCUACAUCAUUCUGAACACCUACAGGGAGGGAGAAGAGCUAAAACACAAUCUUCACUUCUGGAUCGGCCGUCACUCGACAAGUGAUGAAUACGCCACUGCUGCAUACAAAGCCGUCGAACUGGACACCUUCUUGAAUGACAAGCCGAUUCAAUAUCGUGAAGUUCAUGGCAACGAGAGUGAAUUGUUCAAGGGAUACUUUCGGGAAAUGCAGAUCUGGAGUGGCGGGAUCGACUCUGGAUUCCGGCAUGUUGAGCCAAAGACCUACCAAACAAGACUGAUGCACUUUGAAGGAACAAGGAAAAACAUUGUGGUGAAGGAGAUUGAUCUUUUGAAAUCCAAUGUGAGCACGAAUGAUGUGUAUAUCUUGGACCAAGGUCUCACCAUCUACUUGUGGAGUGGAUCGAACAGCAACAAAGAUAAACGCCUGAAGGCCAGCCAGUUUGUCACUCAACUCAAGACCCAGCGUGGAAAGGCCCAGAGUGAAUUCCUGGAUGAGGCGCAUACGCCGCAGACCCAUCCAUUCUGGCAGGCGCUGCCCGAAGGUGAACCAAAACAGGUCUUUGAGUCCGACUCUAAAACCUUCGUUCCAGUGCUGCUCAGACUCAGCGAUGCAUCCGGUGGACUGGAGAUGACUAAGAUUGCAGAAGGCCAGCGGUUCGAAAGAUCCCGGCUGGACUCCAAUGACGUAUUUAUUCUGGAUGACGGAACACAAAUCUUUGUCUGGAUUGGUAGGGAAGCGAGCUCGGGGGAGAGCUCCAAGGCAAUCGAGUAUGGACAUAACUACGCCAAGGAGACCAAGCAUCCAUUUGUGCCAAUUCUCCGCAUUGUCGAAGGCCAGCAUGUGGGUAGUUUCGAAUCCCGGUUCUCCUGAGCAGCUUCAAACUUUGCGGCGGCGAGGGGACUGACCUACACAAGCUGUCUCUGACUUUGCCUCGAGCAUCUUUCUCAACACGUUUGCAGUUCUUCACUAUCCAUAUGGCCUCCAGUGUACCAGAUUGGCAUCACAGGCUACCUGCAUUCAGUGGUCGGCUACAUACUGUGCCUACAUGACCUUUUUCUGCCAUCGUUUGCUUCAUUUUAUUUUGCCUUUGCUUCUUCACCGGCUACAUUAGCAGCUAGUAUUCUCUUGUAGGCCAUCCCAACACACUUCAAAGUCAAUUCUUCUUUGAAUACACAGUUUGUGAUUUCGUGUUCGUGCAUGGAAGGUUUACAUACUGCACUUGGAGACCUAGCGGCUUGGUUUUUCACAUUUCAGUACUUUUAAAAAGUGUUACCACGUUCA